GUCACAGAGGGACUUGCUUUGCUUUGCUUUGCAUAUUUUGUUCCUUUUAUUUUUCAAAUUUUUUGCUACUUUUUUUUUUUUCACUUUAUAUCUUCUCUUUUACUUUUUUCUUCUUUUCUUCUUCUUCUUCCUCAUCUUCUGUUUCAUUACUAUUUUUGCUUUGGCUGUGUUGUGUGAGCGAGUUUUGUGAAGCUCUUCUGACAAAGCUUCACCAAUGGCAGACAUUACUCACCAUCCCAUGGACCAGCUCCAAGACCUUGAGUACUGCAUAGACUCCAACCCUCCUUGGGUUGAAACAAUCCUGUUGGCAUUUCAGAACUACAUCCUGAUGCUGGGCACAAGUGUAAUGAUCCCUGCGUUGCUUGUCCCUGCAAUGGGUGGCACUGAUGGUGACAAAGCACGCGUUAUACAGACUCUACUCUUUGUGGCCGGCAUUAACACACUUCUUCAAGCACUUUUUGGAACCAGGUUGCCUGCGGUUGUUGGAGGCUCCUUUGCUUAUGUCAUUCCCAUAGCUUACAUUGUAAACGACUCCCAGUUGCAGCGGAUUAAUAAUUCUCAUGAAAGAUUUAUACAAACUAUGCGAGCUAUUCAGGGAGCUUUAAUUGUAGCCUCAAGCAUACAAAUUAUCCUAGGUUACAGCCAAGUUUGGGGUCUCUUUUCACGGUUCUUCAGUCCUCUUGGUAUGGCACCAGUGGUUGGAUUGGUUGGCUUGGGAUUGUUUGAACGUGGAUUUCCAGCUUUGGGCAAUUGUGUGGAAAUUGGGAUACCGAUGCUGUUGUUGGUCAUUGGGUUGUCACAGUAUCUAAAGCACAUGAGACCAUUUAGAGACAUCCCUAUUUUUGAGCGGUUUCCAGUUUUGAUCUGUAUUGCAAUCAUUUGGAUCUAUUCCCUUAUCUUGACUGCUAGUGGGGCUUAUCGAGGCAAGCCCAUUAAAACACAGAUCAAUUGCCGUACUGACAGAGCAGAUCUUAUAUCUACUGCCCCAUGGUUCAAGUUUCCCUACCCUCUGCAGUGGGGCCCACCAACAUUUUCAGCGGGUCAUUCAUUUGCCAUGAUGUCGGCUGUCCUUGUUUCAAUGGUCGAGUCAACUGGUGCAUACAAGGCAGCAUCGAGGUUGGCAAUUGCUACUCCACCUCCUGCUUAUGUAUUGAGCCGGGGCAUUGGCUGGCAGGGAAUAGGAAUCUUGCUUGAUGGUCUUUUUGGAACAUGCACUGGUUCUACUGUUUCUGUGGAAAAUGUAGGACUCCUUGGAUUAACUCGAGUAGGAAGUCGCAGAGUUGUUCAAAUUUCUGCAGGCUUCAUGAUAUUCUUCUCCACCCUAGGAAAAUUUGGAGCUGUGUUUGCAUCUAUACCCUUCCCGAUAUUUGCUGCAUUGUACUGUGUUCUCUUUGGCCUUGUAGCUUCGGUUGGAUUGUCAUUUCUUCAAUUCACCAAUAUGAAUUCUAUGAGAAAUCUCAUCAUUACUGGGCUUUCACUGUUCCUCGGGAUAUCUAUCCCGCAAUUUUUCAAUGAAUAUUGGAAUCCUUCACACCGUGGUCUGGUUCAUACUAAUGCUGGAUGGUUUAAUGCAUUUCUAAAUACCAUAUUCUCGUCUCCGGCGACAGUGGGUUUGAUUGUCGCAGUGUUUCUUGAUAACACAAUAGAAGUGGAGAAAUCGAAGAAAGACCGAGGGAUGCCAUGGUGGGUGAAGUUCAGAACAUUUAGAGGUGAUAACAGAAAUGAAGAGUUCUACACUUUGCCAUUCAAUCUCAAUAGGUUCUUCCCUCCAACCUAGCAAGUUCAACAAGGCCAGCCAAACAAACUUAUUCUUUCUGCAAUGCAUUUCAGUUAACAUGCUAAAAUUAGGUUCACUUAGAGUUUGUAAAUGCAAAGAUUAUUUGGCAAAUAUUCUUAGCAAAUGCUAGUCUUCCUCUUUUCAAGGUGACAAUUUUUUGCGGGCCAACUGUUGUGGCAGGGUCCAGAUUAGAAUUGUAGUUCAUUUAGUCCAUGCUUUUGUAGAUGUAAUAAUAAAGAAGGGAAAUCGGUUCUCUUUCUCGGUUAAUAUCAAGGUUGCCUUCAAUUUUUUUUAA